AUGGUGCGAGCAUUGAUCAGCCUGGCCUUUGGCCUGCUGCUGUGUAGUAGUAAUGCAUUCGCAUCAGGUUACUCCAAAUGCUCUUCAGCCGAGAACACUUCCCUCAUGAAGAUGAUCGGGAACGAUCCGUCCAUCCAACGGUACUGUCAGUAUUUACCUCCAAGCAACAGAUACGACAAAAGCAAGUGCCCAAAAGCGAUUAAAAAUUACUCCUACGACAAGGUCAAGAGUUUCUGUGGCUGUGUCAAAAGCAAGUGCAUGCCAACGCAGUGUGGCUACAAGAACAAGUGCUCGAAGGCACCGUGUGGAAACUACUGUGCCGACUUCAAGACUGAUAACAUUCACUGUGGAAAAUGCGGAAACAAGUGCAAAGCCGGCGAGGAAUGUAAAUCUGGAUCCUGCAAGCCGUUGUGUCCAUCUGGAAAGCCGAAGCAAUGCCCUGAUCCCAAGAAGCAUGGUGUGCUUACUUGCACAGACGUCAAGAACGACUGCUCGAACUGUGGAAAAUGUGGUGUCAAGUGCAAGUCCGCCGAGAAAUGUCAAAACGGAAAGUGUACACCCAAGGCCCCCCAAACGCCCCAGUGCCCCAGCGACAAGCCCGAUGCCUGCCCAAAUCCUGCUAAGAAGAACGCCCUCGUAUGUACCAACAAGCAGAAGGACAACCAGAACUGCGCACCUAUUGCGACGCUGGACUCCCGAAGAAGAGGGACGGCAUUCCGGUACCAAGACUCUGCAGGCCAAAGCCCGUCGCACCCCAGUGCCAGGCGACCGAGAGCGAGUGUGGAACAGCUUGCUGCAAAGCAGACGAAAGCUGCGAUGUCGCCACUUCGACAUGCAGUUCAGCAGACCCAGUACCUGACUGCACCUUUCGGGGACCUGUCUGUGGCGCGAAAUGCUGCGCAGUUGGAGAGACCUGCUCAAAUGGAGAGUGCCAAUCGAGCUGUGGGCAGACUGGAAGCACCUGUGUCAGACCUGAAGACUGUUGCAGCAACGACUGUGCCUUUCUCAGGAUCAAGAAGAGAGGUGCCGCAUCUGGGAUAUGUAGGUCGACCACCACGACUCCCACCCCCGACUGCACCGGUCAAGGACCAGUCUGCGGUACCAACUGCUGCGCCAAAGGAGAAACCUGCUCGAAUGGAGAGUGCCAAUCGAGCUGUAGCCAAGAAACUGCCGACUGUCUCAAGAACGCAGACUGUUGCAGCAACAACUGCAUCCCCCCCAGGUUCAGUUUUGGAGGGAUCAUCGGUCCAAUUGGGUCUUGUGGGCCCGUCCCUGAUUGCACCGGUCAAGGACCGGUGUGCGCCAGGGGGUGCUGCGAACUAG